GUGAUCACAAAAAAUGAGGUAAAGAUGGUUUUACUCCCAAUUCAGUAAAGCAAAGCGCGUCAUAUUUGCUAGGUGCCAAGAGUCCAUGGUGCUUGCUUCGACUUCGACUUCGACUUUGGGUAUGAGAAGUUGAUAUGAAAAGUCGACAAUAUAAACUCCUGUCAAGUUGGAAAAUAGAGCGUUAUAGGUAGGCCGUCUUUCUUUGACGAGCGAGAGGUGAAAUAGUAGUUUUUACGGCAAAAAAUUGAAGAAGCCUCUAAAAAGAUGCACUCAAAUCUCCACUCAGCUGUUAUACUAUUUAUCAAUAUUCUAUGCCUUCUCCAUAUGCCCACAUCAUCUCUCUGUCAAGAUGACCAGCGAUUAUUCUGGAGGUGCGGUGAGCCAUUUAGAUGCGGCGACAUUUAUAUUAAUUACCCUUUCUGGGGAGGGAGCAAGCCAGAGUACUGUGGUCAUCCAAGUUUCGAAAUCAAGUGCGAGAGUAACAUCCCCAAAAUUGAUAUUGAAUCAACAACAUACAAAGUGAUAGCGAUCAACAAUACAACUCGAAUAGCAACCCUUGCUAGAGAUGAUUUACUGAGUGAUCUUUGUUUGGAUCGACCUGAGAAUGCCUCCUUAGAUUUAAACACUUUCAGCUAUGUUUCCAGUGACCUGAAUAUUACUCUGUAUUACGGCUGCACCUUCGUCGCUAAUCAGCAAAUGCCAAGUGACCCAAGAGUCUUCCCUUGUGGUGGCGGCACGUUUGGUUUAUACACGCUGAUCGGCGUUCCCUUCGGCUUACCUGGAGUGAGAUGCCAGAACCAAAUAAUAUAUAAGGUCAAUCAAACGAGUGCUGGGGCAUUAGCCAGUGGUACAACUUCGGUUGAAGUUCUGAGAACAGCCAUUGCUGGCGGUUUUUCAGUAAAUUGGACGGCACGUAUUGAUUCUGGUUGCCGACAGUGCUUUACAUCAGGUGGAAGAUGUGGAUCCAAUCCAGAUUCUGCAGCCUUUGCUUGCCAUUGCGCAGCUGGUACUCAUCCAACCGACUGCAGCGACGGACAAAACCAAGAUGGCUAUGCCGAUCCAGGAAAGAGGUUUAGCAUUUCCAAGAAAGUUGCAAUAGUUGGCUCAGUUGGUAUCGCAGGGCUGGUCAUAAUAUCAGUUUCAAUCAUUUAUUGCCUCAGCAGUCGAUGGUCAUGCUGUAAGCCACUGAUUUGCUGGAAGGUCAAAUCAGAAGAUCACAGAAUUGAAGAAUUUAUGAGAAACUAUGGAUCUCAUGCUCCAAAGCUGUACAGCUAUUCGGAUCUAAGGAAAAUAACAAGCUCAUUCAGCCAUAAAAUAGGACAGGGUGGCUUUGGUCAAGUAUACAGAGGAAAGUUACCUGAUGGCCGUGAAGUAGCUGUAAAAGUCCUGGCAGAAACUAAUGGUGACGGAGAAGAAUAUAUAAACGAGGUAGCCAGUAUGAGUAGAACUUCCCAUGUUAACAUAGUAGGGCUUUUGGGAUUUUGUUACCAAAGGAAUAGGAGAGCCUUAGUCUAUGAAUAUGUGUCCAAUGGUUCGCUGGACAAAUUUCUCAACAAUGGACCAUCUGGCACAACUUGUCCCUUGGGGUGGGCUACAUUAUACAGGAUUGCCAUUGGAAUUGCACGAGGCUUGGAUUAUUUGCACCGAGGCUGUAAUACAAGAAUUGUGCAUUUUGACAUAAAACCUCAUAACAUUCUCCUGGACCAGGAUUUCUGCCCCAAAAUAUCCGACUUUGGCCUCGCUAGAUUGUGCGAGAGAAAGGAGAGUAUUCUAUCAAUGUUGGGUGCCAGGGGAACUGCUGGAUACAUUGCUCCAGAAGUGUUCUCUAGAGCGUUUGGACACAUCUCUCACAAAUCAGAUGUCUAUAGCUAUGGUAUGCUUCUUCUUGAGAUGGUUGGGGUGAGAAACAAUGUUAAAGUGAGCCAAACUAGUGAAGUAUACUUUCCACAUUGGAUCUAUGAACAUCUCGAGUUGGGGAAGGACCUAAAUCUACAAGGUAUCAUGGACGAAGAAGAUGAAGAAAUAGCAAAGAAGAUGAUUUUAGUUGGCUUGUGGUGCAUUCAGGGCAAGCCGUCAGAUCGACCAGCAAUUGGGAAGGCAGUCGAAAUGCUGGAGGGAAGCCGUCACUCCCUACAAGUUCCACCAAACCAUGUCUUAUUUUCUCCAACAAAAGCCAUCCCCGAGUCGUUUACAUCAACAUACACAAUGACGUAGGAAAGGAAGUUCAUUUCUGGAGCCAAGUAUCUCUUCCAAGGUAAAAAAAGAAAAGAAAAAUUUGAUGCAAGUUUGUCAGAUUUUACUCUAUUUCAAACGAAAGUGUUGAUAAAUUUAGUGGGAUGUUAUCCCGAGGUUGAUCGCCACGAUAAUGUUUUGGAGCCAUUAGGCUCACUUGAUGCAAGUGGUCAAAGAUAAUCGAGAACGUAAGGGGGAUAUCUGGUUCCUGAAUCACAAAACUAGCUUCAAUGCGUUAAUAAAAUUAUUGCCAAUUGGUACCAAACAGGGAGAGAAUAUAAAUGUCACAUUAUGGUGUUACCAAGCA